AUGUCUGCUCCCAUUCCCGUUAUCCUUUGCGGUGCCAUGCGACCAGUGGCUGCGUUGGUGAGGUCGCACAUGCUACCCGAAUACGAUGUCGUCUAUGCCGGCCAUGAUAUUGCUGCUGCUACAAAGGAAGUCCCCAAGAUCAUAUCCGGAUCGUCACCGCCGUCCACGUCUCUCCACACCCAGAUCGGCUCCAACGACUUCACUGUUCUUCCACGCGCCGUAAUCACUGGCGGCGGCUACAAUGAGGAAGCUUUUCAGACUCUGUUUCAGGCAUGUGCAGAGGCCUGUGGAUCGGAGGUUGCUCUGCCCGUGCCGUUCUUCAGGACGGACAAUGCGCUCACUGAUCAAUUGGCGGCCGAGGGGAAGGGGCCGGCGCAUUCUUCCCCCGAAUACCCCAAAGCUGUGACGAACCGGCUGAAAGCCCGGCUACGGGAGGUGGGUGUUGGGUCUGGUGUGUUGGAGCGGCCUGAGAAUAGAGGCAAGAGUUUCUUCUUUUAA